UCAACCCAAAAGCAAAAUGGCGACAGGUGGAGUCAGUUGUGUUGUCAGGCAGAGUUUUAACAGGUUUUUGCAUCCACAGAAGUCUAAACUUUUGGUAAAGAAUGUCAAGAUAGUGCCGCAUGUUCGUCUGAAUGUUUGUCCUUGUGCAGCGUACAGUUCAUCCUCUAUACUAAACAGACCAGAUGUAUCUGUAGAGUAUCGCCAUGGAUUGUCCGUGUUGUCAGUGCCUUUGCCGUCGAGGAAGGAGUCGUGUGAGUUUGUUCUCAAGCCAGUGUCGCACACUGUGAAAGAUAUGAUAGCCUUUAUACUAGAGGAGGACAGAGGAGUUGACAGGGUUGCUGUUUACAGAGAAAAUGGUUCGAAGGUUGCGGGUUCAACCACCAUUGACAUACUGCUGAGGACCCCUUUCACCAUCUCUGUCAACGAGACCACUUUUACUGUCACCCCACCAGAAAUAGUUUCUGACGUGCCAAGUGAGAGUUUGGAGCGUUUCCAGGAAGUGAAAGACAUCACACACAAACUGUACUCCCAGCUCAAUGUUGAAGAGUAUCAGUUGAAGCGAGAAAAAGAGAUAAUUAGUCAGCUGGAGGAAUACAAGCUGCAGAUAGCUCCCUUCAUUAAGGCAAAAUCAGCGAUUGAGGAUCGCAUUCAUUCUCGUAACAAGCAGCUGAUGUACUUGGGUUCAACGCUGAUGGGAUUCCAGUUUGGCUUCUUCGCUCGUCUAACCUGGUUUGAAUACUCAUGGGACGUGAUGGAGCCAGUCACGUAUUUCGCGACUUACGCAGCUGUGAUCGGCAUGUACGCGUACUUCGCUGUAACUGCACAGGAAUACAACUACGUGGAUGCCUGGGAUCGGGAGUUUCUCAACAAGUUUUACAAGGUAGCUGAGAAGGAGGGAUUCAACAUCCCUGAAUAUAACCGCCUGACAAACCUUAUCGAUCAGUGCGAGUCCGACCUUCGACGUCUCAGGGACCCGCUACAGAUACAACUUCCUAUACGAGAACUGUAGAACAUAAUAUGUCAUGAGGCAGCUUAUAUCAGUGAGAGUAUGGCAAUUAAACUUAAAGUAAUGGCAAUCAGCCGCAAUUCAGAUUUCAUUGGUUUUUACAUUGUUCAAAUGCUCAGCGCAUAUGUCAUGUUGCACAAGUCACAGCCAUUUUUACUUCAUUUAAUGUAAAAUUUAAUGAAAAAUGAUUUGACAACUAUCAACGAUAUUUUCGAAAUGCCAUUUGUUUUGAGAUGGAACUGCUUGUACAUGGUUACUCGUUUUUUCGAUGUGGAGAACAAGCAAUUUGUAAAUUUCUUCCAUGAUAAGUAUGAAUGUUAGCCAAUAUCUGGAUCAAAGAUGUAGGUGCUACAGAACUAGUUAUUUGUUUAUGUCUAUUUGCAUAUGACCCAGCUUACAUAGUCAUUUUGGCAUACAAUUGAGCAAGCACAUGGCUUUUUGUAUAGAAUUGAGCAAACACAUGACCAUAUGACAGAUCAUUCAUAUGGCUGAGCAUACACAUGUCUAUUUGCAUAUGACUGAACAUGAGCAUACAUAUGUCCAUUUGCAUAAGACUGAGCAUCCUAGUUUUUGGUCUUAUAUGUUAAAUCAUUCUGGCUUGUGGCUAUAGUCUAUAUAAAUAUCUCAAAUUAGGGCUUGUACAAGAAAAUCUUUAUUUCAAUGACUGAUAUAGAACAACGGCAAAAACAAACCACUUUGUAGUGAUCAUUACUGCACAUUGGAGCAGCUAUUAUAGUCGCAAAUGUUAAAAGCAUGAAUUCUAGUGACUUUCUCUUUUUGUCAAGCUAAUUUAUCAAGUUUUGAAAAAAAGGGAAUAUUUUUUACUGAUUUUAAGUAUAUUUUGUCAAAUGCUUACUGAGAAUAUGAACAAUUUUGUUAUUAUUAUUAUAAUUGUGUAUAUCACUUGUAUUUGUAAGCUGUAAAUACUUAUAAUUAUUAUAAUAUUAACUUAUACUGGUAAGGGAUUAUUCUGUGAAGUCUUGAUUUUUGCAAAAUGUAUAAUAGUGUUAGGUCUAGGUAGAACAUAUUGUUCAACUUUUAAUUGUGUGGCUUGUAUUUUUUAUUAAAAAUUAAAAGAAAUCCCUACUGGAAUAAGGCUAUCCUUAAAAUUCUGUUUAACGGCAUAAUGCCCAAGAGACGCAAUGCUUUCACACAACAAUCAAAAUACAGUGUUAGUAAAUGUCAAUUAAUAGAAGAAAUUGAAGCUAAUCUUAAUAGAUUGAUAGGUGAAGAGGCAAGAAUAACUAGAGGAAGUAUACCUUUAGCCCUUUAGAAUGAGCAAAAUUUAUUUUUCUUCUAUGUAGUUCCCUGUUUAGUGUUAAGUCAUCACUUGGUUUUGAACCUUCCUACAGAAGGUAUAUUGUAAGCCUUCCCUUUGUAAAAAUCAAGUCACAAUUGCAAAAAUGUUUCUUAUUCAAGAUUAGCAGUUAUACAAUGUAUAUAUUUGUAAGUUAAUUUAAUAGCGGUUUCAGUUUUAUUGUAUAGAGAUGAUGAAUGUAACACAAUCAGUGGAAUAAGAGGGUGUUAGUUAUCAGGAACUCACGCGCCUCUGCUUUUUCGCCCCUUAUAAGAUUUCACUAUUGUCACACUUGUAAUUCUCAUGAUUGCUGGCAGGCUCCAUAAGCCGUGGUCACGCCUUUAUCAGGAAGUAAGACUCAACAUUUUAAAAAUUAAGAGUAGUUAUCCAAUGUUUUAAAUUCCAAGUAAUUGAACGGGACAUUUUGCCGGGCAUUAUUCUUUAUCUUUAAAUUUUGCAUUUUCUUAAUAAGUCCAUUUUGGCCGUAUUUAUAAAUCUUCUUGGAGAAAAAAUAACUUGGUGAAAAUUUCAUAACUUUGGGCAUUGUUUGUCUUAAUUUCCCUUUACUUUUCAUCAAAUGUAUCCAUAGUUUAGAUGAUUUUCUUUGAUAUUUUAUUUUUAUUUUUGUUGUUAAAACACUUAGUUCUCUUUAAAUUCAGCUUACUGUUACUGUAUGUAUGAAAUCGCUAUUUCUAUUAUGAGUGCAAAACCAACCUUCAGAACUAUUUUUUUUACAAGUGGGCAUUUUUAUUGAAAUGUUGUAAUGAAAUUCACUUUGCCAUGCAUUCUGAAAUAGAUGAACUUCAAGAAUGUUCAUACUGGUUAACUUAACCUUUAGUUUUCAAGCUAAUUGUAAUUUUGAUUUCUUCCAUAAAUGUUGUAGACCUCCAUAGAUAAGUGAACCAAAACAAACAUGUAGUCAUUUCAGGCUACCAUGGAAACAGUACGACUCUCGUGUUGUAUCAUACUACUCAUAGAAAGGGAUAAAUUUGGAAAAAAAGAAAACAAUCUGUAUAUGUAUUGUAUCAUUUAACUUUUUUCAGAUGAUCAUAGAAACAAAUGGUCUACGCAGAUUUUUAUCUCCUUUGCAAUUCUGAUAAAGAUCUUGUGAAAACGUGUAGCUCCACAAGUAUAUUUGUCAUUGUGUUCAACAAAACUUGCAUUUACUUGAUAUCAAUGCAUUUAAUCAUUUUUCAUUAUGAGCAUUUGAACAAGAAAAUGUUUAUUGAAAUAAUAAACAUUGAACAAAACUCUCUUUUUGUCCUCCUGUUAGAAACAUUUUUACUGAUCAUUUAGUUUGUUAUUGUCCUUUCCGGCAGGUGUGAGUGCACUUUACACAAACCAAUAGAGGUGUUAUCAAUGCAAGUAUCUGCAAAGUUCUUAAAUGUGGGUAGAGUCGAAAUUAAAAUACCACCCUUUAAAUCAGAAAUGGCUGGCUAUAAGCAUUGCUUAUUAUUCGUCAGUUGUUGUUUUUCAAAAAGUUCAGCCCUCUUAACUGUUAGUUGUCUAUGUGGUAAAGCGCACUGUGAAUUUAUCAUUCAUUAAACGUUAUGAAUGGAGUCUGUACCCAGAAAGGCAUUAUCUUAACACCAGGCAAUAUCACUUGCCCCCAAUAAAGUACCUGUAAUGUGUAACAGUUUGCGGGGCUGGGGGGAUCAUGCAUUUCUGAGAGCUGUGAAAAGCAAAAUGAGGUUACUCGACUGGAAGUGAAGCACCUAUUUAUAAUCGGACUUAUUUAAAUAUCAUUAUUAUUUACUGGUACUCUGCUUUCUACUGUCUUUAACUGAUUUUUUUUAUUCUCUCUGUGUCUUUCAAAUUUUAAAAGCAUUGCAGCUUAAUAAAGGCAUUUUUAUGCGCAUGAAUACAUCAAUAAAAAAAUAUACUUGUGUUAAUUUUGCUUAUUUCUUUAUAAUUAUGCUGCUGUGUUGAAACAAAUUUUCAUUCCACGUGCAUAUUGUUUUACUUUCCUUCUCGUCCAUGUAUGUUGACAUCACCUUCAUGUUCGUGUAUAUUUUGACAUUUCAAACGUGUUUGUGUGUAUUUUGAUAUUUUAAUUAGAGAAGUGACCAUACUUCUGUGACCAUAAUUUGUGUGCUGUUGCUUUUUAUCUGUAACCUCUCUGUGCCAAUAGCAUGCUGCCCUAAUGAGCUAGGCUUCUCUUAUAACAGUGUCUCCUUAUCUUUUGUUCCAUUCAUUAUUUGAAGAACAGUACAUUUCAGGUGAUAGUAGUUGCUUCUUUAGUCAAAUUAAACAAUUAUUAUCAUUUAAUUGUCUUGUCUGAAAAAAGUUUUUAUUUCAUAAUUUCAAUUAAAAAUAUCCUUUCCAAGAUAUUGUGUGCAAUAUUAAGACCUAGGACUUUAAAUGCAUUGAUACUUUGAGUGCAAGUUACUCCAGUUCGGAAUUUACAUUCAUUAAUAAUUUGUUGUGUGCAAGUUACUCCAGUUAGGACUGUACAAUCAUUGAUAAUUCGACUGCAAGUUACACAACUUUUAAUCUAUAAUAGUACCUGGGUUCCAGUUUAAUAUGAAAGGAAAAGGAAUAGAUUAUUAAAUAUAUUUAUUAGUUAUGUGCUGCCUUUAUUGUUUCUUACAUUAUGAUCAAAUCUAAGGGAUGAACACAAUAUAAUGCUAAGUGGAAUUCAGAUAGAAGCACUUAGCACUGUUUUGGUUUUAUCACUUGAACUGCUAGUUUUGAGCUUUGAUCAUACAUGAGAUAUUGUUUAUCCUCUCGCAUUUACUAGUUGUUUAUGAGUUGCAUAUCAAAUCCAUGCGUUUUAUUUAUUUAUUUCCAGUAAAUCAAGUAGUGUUCAGACGCACUUAUACUCUGCUUUAAUGAGGUUAUUGAUUUUUUGUUUCUUUUUAUAAACGUGCCUUGUUUUAUCACAGUCGAAUACCCGAUACUUAGCGAUUGGUUUUUCUACUUAUGUAGCGGAAAAUGUGCUUUGGGUUCCGACAAUGUGGUUAAUUCAUGGGCUACAAAUGUUCCUUUUGUUUCUGUUUAGGCACCAUUUAUAUGCACUCGAUACAUUAUAUUUAUACCGUUUAUCUUGUUUUUUUAAUCGUUUCUUUAUUUAGUUGAUAUUUUGCGCAUGUAAAUGUAUCUUGAUAUCAAAAAAUCUUUCUGAAUAAUUAUUACACUGACAAAUUAAUUAGUAGAAGUGUUAUAGACAUCGAAUUAAACCUUGAAACCCCAAAC